CAUCGUCUUCAGGGGAUGUCUGGAGUAACAGAACUUUAUCAAUGUCACUCUAAGGUGUGAAACUCUAGUGUGUGUCUGACUGCAGUGCUUUAAACAGACUGUAAUGUGAUUUUGUUCUGAUCCGAGAUCUGCACAAUCACUGGGAAUUAAGGCGAGUAUUUCAGAACAAAUAAACACAGCAGUGUGAGUGUAAAGUCUAUGGGUGUGUUACACUGUUUGAACAAAGCGUCUUGAGCGGGAAACCCUCCGCUUGUUUGAAAAGAGGAAACGCGCAGUCAUUGGCUAGCGGUCAUAAGCACACGUCACACACUAGCCAAUCACAGGCCUCUACACCCCCUCGCGUCACCAGAGCUCAUGGCCGCGCAAUGCUUUAAAAGCAGGAGUGUGACAUAAAGCCGCAUUUCCAGCACAAGCAGGACAGAGAGAAGAGAAGUUCAGCAAUGGCAAGAACCAAGCAGACCGCUCGUAAAUCCACCGGUGGUAAAGCCCCGAGGAAGCAGCUCGCUACUAAAGCAGCGCGGAAGAGCGCGCCAGCCACCGGCGGCGUCAAGAAGCCCCAUCGUUACAGGCCCGGGACCGUGGCUCUCCGAGAGAUCCGCCGUUAUCAGAAGUCCACCGAGCUGCUGAUCCGCAAACUGCCUUUCCAGCGGCUGGUGCGAGAAAUCGCUCAGGACUUCAAGACGGAUCUGCGCUUCCAGAGCUCCGCUGUCAUGGCCCUGCAGGAGGCCAGCGAGGCUUAUUUGGUCGGUCUGUUCGAGGACACCAACCUGUGCGCCAUCCACGCCAAGAGAGUCACCAUCAUGCCCAAGGACAUUCAGCUGGCCCGCCGCAUCCGCGGAGAGCGCGCUUAAACCCGCAUCAGCGCAUCACACCCCAACGGCUCUUUUAAGAGCCACCAAAACUGAUCUGAAUGAGAUCAUUUCCAGCAGUAUUAUAGAAGUUUUGAUGCUUGUGUCAAACCAAAGUGUCAGAGACCAAUAUAUACAGGUUAUAAAACAUUUGAGGUUUUUUUU